AUGCCUGCAGCUUACCAGCACCCGGCGCCGCAGUAUCCGCGUCUGUCGGCCGAGGAGGCCGCAAGUCGUGCGGAAGAUCACGGACGGAAAGUGCACGAGUUGCGCUGGCUUUACCUGGAUAGUGUCGGUCAGGAGUUUGGACCUCUCCCAGCUGAUACAAUGCAAGAGUGGCUGACGAUGGGCCGCUUUCCCGUGGGGCUGGACCUUCGUGUUCGAUUGCCCGAGUGGGACCAGCACCUCCCGUUGCGCAAGAUAUACCCGGAUCUUUCAGCAGCCUUUCGACUGCCCCCAGCCUGGCCGCAGGUUUGCCAAGAUGGCAAGUCCAUGGGCUUUGGCAGUCCAGAAGUGGAGGAGCUUCGGACAUCUAUACGUGAGUCUGGACGCCUGAGUGGGCCAUUUCACAAUUGUGUGUCAAGCAGCUCCUCGGCGGUGCAAAGUGCACCAGCUGCUAUCCCGUCCGUCGCCAGCUCCUCCGUUUCCUUUGCCCCUUCUGCCGAGGCGGUUAGCGGUGCUGCGGGUGCAAAGGUGAGCCGGCCGGAGAGAAACAAGAUCCCGACAGCUGAGCAAGCGAGGGAUCCGGCGAAUAUGAAGCUCCCGGACCCGCUGCCAGCACCACUGCGCGAGUCAAUCAUUAUUGACAGGGAUGAACUACCACCACUUCCGAAGGCCCAGUCGGUGCUGGAAAGGCUGCUGCAACCGGAGAAGCAAGAGGCUUUGCGGCUGGCUUGCCAGAUGAACGGCCAGACGAAGGACACCGGCAGACUUUUCCUUGAAAAGGUUGCCAGAGGCACGUCUCACAAGGUCAAUGGAACCAAUGGGACCCACGGGACCAAUGGGACCAAUGGCAAGGUGGAGGCCGACCGGCUUGCCCAGACCAACGGAAAUGGAACAGUCGUUGCACUGCUUCAGGAGUAG